UCUUACGAUUUCACGGGCGACAACUCGUGUUUCAUAUCUAACUGGUGGGGGUGAACUCUGAUCCGAGUUACGGGGAUUGUUUUCAUUCAGUCUGGAGUAGACCUGACUGUUUGUUAGGUGACUACUGGAGUAAGGUAGACGUAAGAUAUAAGAAAGAGGAACAAUGCUGAGACGUCAGUCCAUUUGUUGCUGAGAUGAAAACAAACCCACUCGAGAUGCUGGAUGAAUUAUUUCCCUUGUUCGAUCCAGCCCGCAGAUUGUAAAACCGCUGGGGUCUACGCAAAACAGAAUUACAUUAACCGACCAUCAUUAUUGGAAAAUAAUCGAAGAUCAUUUUCAACGGGGUUUUUUUUCUUUAUACAUUGGCGUGUGACUUUUUUUUUAACUGCUAGAAGUUCUUCAUGUAAAAUAGUGAGACUUUAAUUAGUUGGACGCUUGGAAGAGAUGCAACUAUAACUCACUCGGAGAGAAUAACCACCUUACUACCGGUGAUAAAAACACACAACUGUUGUUUACAAAUUUUUGUUGUGUAAUAAAACAACGAGACUGCUCAUAUUCGGACGACUUCUAGAUUAGUCACCUCGUGAGCGAUUUCUUCUUCCACAAUGCCAAAAGCUAAAGGUCCAGGGCCUAACCACUAUCUCCUGCCUUCCACGGUGGGGAUGGUCAACCAUGACCCCACACGACCAAAAGCACCCGGGUACUCAUUCGGCACAAGAUACAGUUAUGCCUACGCUAACGGGCCUGGCUACUACUACCUACAGAGCGGCCUAUACAACAACGGGAAAGAAAACAAAGACGGCUUCACGCUGUACGGACGUCCUAGACGGUCUAUAUGGGAAAACAGUUCCGGCAACUCCCCAGGCCCCGUCUACGCCGUGUCGACGGCCGCCACCGAGAAGAAGACGCCCAGCUACAGCUUCGGGGCGCCCUACAAGCACAACUACAAGACGGAGGGGCCGGGACCUGGGACCUACACUGUGCUGAAGCCGUGGGACUCCAGCAAGAAAGGUCCCCUCCUGUCGGGCAGGCUUGCUAACUCUCAGAGUUUCGACUACGAUUUCGCCAAGACUCCAGGACCAGCCAGAUACGGUUACAACAAGACCUCAACAGGUCCUGCUUACUCCAUAGGCAAGAGGACACAGUUGCCAGGCAACAAGCUUAUAACGCCAGGACCCAACACCUACCUUCCUCCACUGAACGGGACCCAGCCGAACUCUCCCCGCUUUUCCAUGGGGAUCCGUCAUCACGAGGACGUCAUGGUUGUCCCGGAAGUUGAUAUUGACAGUUACUAAAAAUAACCUAGAGUAUUAUAAACAGAUUUAGAUUUUUUUUUUAUAUUCAUACAAACGUUUAAUUACAUGUUUCAUUAAUUUAUUUAUUUAAUUUUAAACAAGGUACAUAACUAUGACAUAACAAUCGUUUAAUACCAUCAUAAAGCUUACUUUAGAUAUUUUUUUUCAAAUUUCAUAAUGUUAUUAAAACUCUUUUAAUGGUCAACCAUUAUUGACGUUCAACUAGGAGAGGGGGGGGGGGAGUCAGAAAAAGUCUACUUACAUGCACGCUAGCAACCUGAGGAAGGUGGUUGAUGAUUUUAAAAUUGUACAUCAAAACGAUGUGACUAAAAACACAAAAUAUUUAAUGGCAAACAAACAUAUUAUACCAUUGACUAAAAAAAACACAAACUCGGGGGGUAUUAAAAUACGGCAUUUAUAUUUUAAAAAAUCGUUUCACACCAUUAAGUGAUUUGGAAACAAAAAAUAAAGGUCAAUUGCUUCAUAAGAAAACGGGGAGUGGGAUUCUUGC